CCUCGCCGCGCAUCUGGCUAUUCGCUCGACUUUGGCCUCGGACGCCGCAGACGUCCUCGAUUCGGCCCUCGCUCGGACCGCGUCUGCCACCCCGGUCGAGGAGUACGGCGCAGUGCUCGGCAACCUUGCGAGCCUGCUCGGCGCUAUGGGCGAGACAGUGUCGCCUGCCGACCCGACCAGCAUCGCCCGUCUCGAGCACACGCUCGCUGUCGUCCAAGUCUUUAUCCUGCACGGGCCUGAAGGAUCGAGUCGUGUGGCUAGCGCUGCCCUGUCGGAGGUCUUGCGGCAACUCGCGCUCGUCGUCGAGCACCUCGAGGGCUCGCAAACUGGCGUCGUCAAGGUCUACUCGCUCACGGCCCGGUUCCUCGACAGCAUCUGCGGCGAACGGCCCCUCCUCCUGUCGCGCUUCAACAUCUCGUCCGUCCUCUCGAUCGUCUCGCACAUCCUUCGCCCGUCGCCCGCCGUACCUGGGUCGUCGCCGUCAGAGUCGGACGCGCGAGCCGCGUCGCAGCUGUACCAGACGCUCGUCGUCACCGUCGGCCACAUCGUCCGCCACCGCAAGGACCACGUCGUCCCUCUCUUCCCCCUCGUCAUCGCCACCCUGUCCGCCCUCCUUUCCGUGUUACGCCGAGCGGGUCUCGGCACUCUCGGCGCGUCGCUCGAUGACGUCGAGAGCCAGGCGAGCCUCGGGCAGCGAGCCGAGCGCGAGGCGAGGACGACGUUCCCGGCGUGGAUCUGGGCAGGCGGCGCGCAGGCGGUCGGCAAGGCCGAGGCCAAGGCGCUCGGCCGCUUGCUCGGGUCGUUGACGGCCAAGACGACGACGACGACGGCCGGCAAGCGCAAGCACGGCGCCAUCGACGACUCGUCGUCGACCACCACGUCGCUCGCGGCGCCGCUCUCUAAGCACGCGCCCUUCCUCCUGCUCAACUACCUGCGCGCGUGCGUCCACCCGACGUGCCCCAUCCCGUCGGCGUUGCGCACCGAGCUGCAGGGCGGCUGGUUCGAGGUCAUGGACGCCAUGGGCAAGUGGGAGCGCGAGGCGCUCAUGAAGGGCAUGCUCG